AAUGUCAGCGUGCAAGUACAGGACACUGCCCACAUGGCCAGCUGUCGGCACAAUGUUGCCCUAAAAUUGGAUUGUCCAAAACACAGCUUGAAUACAUAGUGACUGAGAGUAAUAGUGGAAAUCAAUUUUCGAUCACGUGUGUGUGUGUGGGGUGUGUAUGCGGAUAUGAAACCUUUGAUCGCGGAUGCCAACACGAUAUUCGCCUUGAUCGGUUUGCCAGCACGUGGGUAACCCAACCAUAGGAAAAAAUCAGCGAGGUAGGAACAUUCAAAACCGCUUUCCAAGAAAACGAAAGUGAAAGCCAUUUCCAGGAAAACCCAGGGCGUCACGAUUAUGACGAGUGGUGCAAUAAAACAUACAACACUGUAAUAUUACAACGCAGUACACCGACUAACACCAUACCGCCAGUACAGGAGACAGAGUACAUCCUACAAGACACUGCUAACAUGAGCUUAGAGCCAAUCAUCGACGGGAUGAGGAGGGGGCAGACGCUGCAGCAGUUCAUUCAGGACACCAUACAGCCGAGCAGUGAGAUCCGCCGGGAUUGUGAUCGUGUUGUAGACCGGGUUACCAACUUCCUGCAGCGUCUCUCGCCACUCAGCGUCUCAAUGGUCAUUAGGGGAGGUUCACUGGGAAGGAGCACGAAUGUUCAAGGAAUAUCUGACGUCGAUCUGGUCGUGUUCAUCAAUGAUGUCAAUUCGAUACAACAACUGGAGGACAAAAUGGAAAACAUCCUGGACAAACUGGAAAACGCAUUUGCAAGAAGUUGGAGUGAGUUUGCAGGGACCCUGCAGCGUGUGAACCGAUCCGACCGCUGUCUGCAGUACAAGCUCAGCUGCAGUGACUCCGAUCACGUCCAGGAGGUCGACAUUCUGCCUGCAUACAACGUCCUCGCAGUUAAAGAUGCUCGCGUGGUGUUCAACGAGAUGAAGUCCAAGACAGACAGACAAAGAAGAUUCUACUCACCAUGCUUCAUCACGGAACAAUUGAACUUGGUCAAGUCAGCGACCAUCAAAGUCAAAAACCUGGUGCGACUUGUGAAAUACUGGGCGAACAGAGAAGUGAAUAGACCCAACGACAAAAUUCUGAAGUCAUUCUUCCUCGAGAUAGUAGUUAUCUCCCUUUGGAAGAAUCGUGGAUCCCCGUCUGACUUCAACACCAAUGAUUGGUUCAAGGAGGUCAUGACCCAGCUGGCCGAUCUGACGUCACUGCGGAUACUCUGGCCUGACAGAUACACCGUGUCAUCGUACUAUGACAUUAGCAUGACACCAAACCCGGUUGCACUGGACCCAGCUAACCCCUACAGCAACCAAGCGCCUCAGAGGCAGCAUGACCACGUGAUGACAUGCGCGAAGAAAGUUCUGCGCAGACUAGAGGCGUCUAGAAGUGGGCGUUAGACAGAACCCGUGCUGACACCAUUCUGUCUUGAUAGAAUUGAUUAGUUUCUUUUAUCAUAGUGAGGGAAGUUUUUAGCUUGAUCACAAACAAGUACAUCAAACUGAUGUUUGGUUUAGACACAGGAGUCUGUAUCUAAAAAUAGACGCCCUCAUGCAUAUUCAUGACCAUCUCCACACGCGACCCCGAUGAAUAUGCAUGAGGGCGUCUAUUUUUAGAUACAGACUCCUGUGGUCAUGAAUAUGCAUGAGGGCGUCUAUUUUUAGAUACAGACUCCUGUGGUUUAGAUAUUCCCUUAUAGACACUUUUGAUUUUUCCGCAUAUAUAAAUGUAUUCGGAUAGUUGAUGUCAUAUUCAUAUAAGUGCUGUGUAGACAGUUGAUCUGGCACAUUAUCUUACUGCGGUAUAUAGUUGUUGUUUGCAUCACUGUACUUGUUAGUUUAAAACAUCAUUUUCCCUGUUACAGAUUGGUGAAUUAAGCCAUUAACAAACUUGUUGAUAGAAUGUAAUACCUUUUGCAUUCCUGUGAUUCCUAAGGGCUGAUUGGUUGAAACAUCACCUAAUGACGUCGCAUAUUGCUUACGUUACGUAAUCAGAACAUGUUGACUUUGGUGGAUAUUUAUUUAGUAGAUUAGACCAGAUAUGAUUUUCUUUGCUUUUCUUUUAGAAACGUGAAGGAGUAACUUACUCUAAAUUUGAGAGGAUCAGUCUGUUGAAGUUUGGGUCAAAGCGUUCAGAGAUCCGGGAAUGCUUAGCCAAAGGUAUAUCAUAUUUAUCUAAAUGGUCGGUUAGUGGGACAAAAACGGAAACUCUUUGAAAUAUCUGACCGAACAAGGACACGAAAGCGGACAUGCAGUUCCUUAGCAAGGGAUGGUGUUCUCUGUGUAAAGAAAAA